CAGUAGAUACAAAUCUAAUGGUUUCCUUGUCUGCGCUGCUCUAUGCUUUGCUUUAUGCUGGACCUUGGACUGUUUUCCUUGUAUUUCUGAAUGUUUGCUGCCUGCCCUAACCUUUGCCCAUUUUUUGAUUGCUCUUUUUGUUUUGGCCUUAUUGAUGAUGUUUGCUGGACUUUGACCUUGCCUGCGUUGACUGUGCUCUUUUAUAAUAAAGCCUGCAAGUGGAUCUCCAACUCCACUGUCACUCUCCCACCGUAAGAGCAAUUAGUGUUUAUUCAACACCAAAACCAUUUGAAAUUCUAAAAGAAAAUCUAAGAAAAAACUUGGAAAAUGUACAGAGAAGGUGGUAACAGCACUGAUACUAUCUACGUAAAUGACGUUAUAAGAGGUAAAAUUGGAAAAGACUCAACACACAGAAGAUCAUCUGAACUCACAGGAAGUGAUUCAGUGAGGAUCAGAAACUACAGAGCAGCUGUAGUGUGUUUGGUGCUGCUGUGUGUUCUUCUGCUGACUGCAGUCAUAGUGCUGUGUGUCACACUCACUCAAGAGAGACAACAGUUCAUAUCCAAGAAUGAAAACCUGACCAAUGAGAGAGAACAGCUAAUGCUCAAGAUCACAAACCUGACCAAUGAGAGAGAACAGCUAAUGCUCAAGAACACAAACCUGACCAUUGAGACAGAACAGCUAAGAAGUGAACUUCAGAUUUGUGUUGGAUGGACUUGCUAUCAAUCCAGUUUUUACUUCAUGUCUACAGAGAAGAAGAACUGGACUGAGAGCAGAAGAUACUGUAAAGAGAGAGGAGCAGAUCUGAUCAUCAUAAACAACAGAGAGGAAAAAGAUUUUGUUCACAACAAGUCUGGUAAUGCUGUAUUUUAUAUUGGUCUGACUGACACUGAUGCAGAAGGCACAUGGAAAUGGGUUGAUAACAGCACACUGACCUCUAGGUUCAGCUUCUGGGCGUCCCAUGGACAAAUAAAAGAGCCAAAUGGAGGACAAGGCAUUGUAGACGAGGACUGUGUUGUGACUGUAGCUGUGCCUAAACUGCCAGAGUGGGCUAAUUUAGUAGGAUGGCUUGAUGUUGCAUGUAAUGUACAAUUUCAAUGGAUCUGUGAGAAGAGGGUUUCACAGUUCAUUCUGCCAUAGGAACAUCACACACCUUUCUGACAAGUUCAACAAUACAAAACUUUCGUAAUAAUUGAUUAACAUUUAAAACUGUUUCUUAACCUUGCUCCUGGAGGACACCCACAGCUGCACAUUUUGAAUGUCUCCUUUUGUCAGACUCCCAUUUCAUGUCCAUAAUACAUAAUGUGCAAAACGGGACUCCAGAAGUGCU